AUGAAACCAAAAAAAAGUACAACUCUUCCUGAAAUAACAAACUUGAAAAAAGAUAGAGAAUCUAUUGCUUCCUUUAACUCGAUAAACAGCAAUCUACCUUUGUGGCAUGGAGAAUUAGUUAAUACCGAAUUCAAUGGUGAAGACAAAAUGAUUUCUGCAUAUUUCAAUGACAAAGAACAAAUGUAUCUAGCUCAAACAAUAAAUCUUAGAGAGGAUCUAGAAACCUUAUUUGGUGAGGUAGAAUGUUUAACCUUAAAAGCUAAUGGUAUGUGGCAAUCUACAAUUGUCUAUUUUAAAGAUAAUAAGUCAGCUAAAAAAAUUUUAUCAGAAUGGAAUGUCCUUAUUAACCUUGAUUUAAUGUGCAUUAUUCCAACUGAUUGUAACAUCAAUAAUUUGAUGACAUGUGAUCAAUAUAUAGCAAAAUUAAUCGGCUUAUCUCCUAGCAUCACUGCACAUGACUUAAUACUUCUUGUCAAAAAACUUAGAGCAAAAACCUGUUAUAUUUCACAAACUCAGACAUAA